ACGUUGAAAUGCAUUCUGGGAAUGCUAGGCUAAAGGCCAGUAGCCGUUAUCAGGAAGAGACGGUGGGUAACGAAACCAAGGUACAAUUUACAAAAUCUUAACUAAAACGACACUUUUAUAGGUAGUUACUACACGUAUCGUUUUUAUCUACAGUUUAACGAGUUUAUUUGAAAUGGUCACAUCGCUGUUUUGUUUUUAUAUUAUUAAAGCCGGUGUUAUUAAUUGAACUGAUUGUGUUACUAUUGUGCUUUUUUUGGUCAGUAUUUCUUUUUACUGUCGUAUCAAUGGAGGCGACUCCCAGCUGUGAUAUGAUUUUACAGCUGAAGCAGUCUGUUUUUAAUCAUAAGUUUAAAGGUAUAACGUGUAGAAAUGUGAGUAUUUAUGAUCAGCAGACUGUUGAGUGAAGAGCUCCUCCGUGCGCUACUUCAUUGUCUGACUAGAAGGGGUCCUCUCAUAGACUCUAGUGUUAGGGGAGAACCCAGCAUGUGGAUUUUAAAAGUUUUAAAUUGACCGCACACAAUUUCCUAAAAAAAACAGCGUUAAUCUGUCAUGAGAUUAAAGGGAUAUUCCGGCGUAAAAUUAAUUUAGGCUCAAACACAUCAUAACACUGAGUUUAGACACCCUCUCAAGCAGGAAUUUCGGUGGCCCUAAGCAAGAUUUUGUUUGGUUCCCCCCUCCAAAAAAAACACUCCCUGUGCAUUAGGGACCAACCGAUUUAUCAGCAAGCCGAUUAAAUCGGCCAAUUUUAGCCUGUUUGAGUCUAAUCUGUAAUUGGCCAAAACUUGAAGAUUCUCGCAGAUAUUUUUCAGGAAUAAAAUGCGGAGAAUAAGAUUCUGUUUCACUUAGAAAAUGUUCCGUAUUGGAAAAGUUCCCCGACUUAUCCUGUAGAUGGCGCAGCGACCUCAUGCCAAUCUUCAUCCACUAACGUCGGCGUGAAGAGCAGUAGCCUAAAUCGUAUAGCAUACAGUAUGAAGUAUUCUGUAGAAAUCUACAAUAUAUAAACAGUAUUUUUUAUAACUUCAUAAAAAAUCUAAAAAAUCAUCUGAGUAAUCGGAUAGCAGUACACAGUGGUCUGAGGAGCCAUAAACAAACCUCAACCAAAACGCCACUCUAUAGCCACAAAUAAUGCUCAGAACAGCACCUAACUUCAUCAACAGGACAUAUAGGGUCACAGCCAUAGUACUAGACACCAAACAUCUUUUUAACUUUGACUCAUUUCUUUAGCAAAGAGACUAAACACAACUCACCUACUCUCUUCCAGCAGAGGUUUGUUUGUAGAGAGACCUCAGGCCAGUCCAUUACAGACUACAGCGGGGUGCCGCAGCUCAAGGAAGAACAUUUAUGAUCAUUUCUUCAUGGAAAUACAAUCAGACCGAGACGCUAAGACAGAAGAACUACUGCAUCUGUAAAAUGAUUAAUAUGGAGAUUAUUACUUCAAGGAAACGAUAAAGAAAUAAAUGAUAAAGAAAAUGUUAAAAAGAUGUUUGGUGUCUAGUACUAUGUCUGUGACCCUAUAUGUCCUGUUGAUGAAGUUAGGUGCUGUUCUGAGCAUUAUUUGUGGCUAUAGAGUGGCGUUUUGGUUGAGGGCGUGGCUCUCUGUAUUUCUAUCCUGCGGUCGUUACUAAAGUUGGUAUAACUAGAGAAGCAAGCGGUCAACAACAUUCAUCUCUGGUGGGGGGGUCUAACUCGGUGUUACGGUGUGUUUGACCAUAAAUUAAUAUCCCUUUUAGGUGCUACACAACAUGUAGGACUUGCUCUGUUGUAUUGUAGUUCAUAAAUACCAGAUUGAAUCGUGUUGUUUGGUUCAAUACUCACCUGAAGUCAUUUUUAAUCAUCUUCUGAUUCUUCCUCUUUCAGAUGCUGAUAUGUCACUUCUAAGCCUUUGGGUGGUUUUCAUGGAAUUGAGUUUAUGAUAAACUUACGGAGCUGUUCACGAUGGACUCCCCGGAACCAGAGCGAAGGACUGAAGACACUGAGCCGAGCACAUCAGAUACACCAAAGCCAAAGAAAGUGUCUCUGAAGAGGCCCGCCGGUGAGCUUAAAAAUGCCAAACCAAAGAAGCGAAAAAAGACCCGCAGCUCCCGGCCGGCCCCGCUCGGCUACAGGGUAGAACAAGGGGAGGAUAUGCUACUGGUUAUAUCAAGCACGACCUCUGACUAUGAACGCUCUGUGUGGGCUCCCCCAAAGAAGGGACGCAAAAAGAAGAAGCUAAAAGCAAAAUUAAAAGCAGGUCAGAGUAAGAAGAAAAAGACAACCCGAACCAAGCCGAAACUUGAAAUGUUACCAGUCGUCAAGGAAAAACAGGACACAACUUUCUUUGUCCCACAACACACUGAAGACCACAGAUGGGGUCAGAGUGUCCCCGAGGAGGUGCUUAUAAACAUUUUUCAGAUGGUGGUUGUCCAGGAUGGUGCUGUACCGUUCCUAUGCAGGUAAUUAACCAACUCUCAAACACUUGUAUUAGUAUUUCUGGGUGUCCGCUCUUACUGGAAACAUAAUCCUCACAAUUAAAUUGUAUUUAAAAUGAUGUUGUGAUGUUUUUCUUUAAUCCUUUUUUGGUGAUUUUUAAUUUAACUCAAGCAAAAUAAUGGAGACGUGGGCGGACUGAAUCGUCUUUACUCCUCUGUGUGUCUCUUGUAGGGUGGGAAGAGUUUGUCGUCUGUGGAACGCUGCUGCCUCGAGUCCAGCCCUGUGGAGAAAGGUAACUAUAGGUCACUGCUGGAUCGCUCCGGGGUUAAGCCAGCAACCUAAAACCGAGAGGAGGAUCAGAGACACUUUUACCUGGCUGUCUCAAUACAGGUAUAUAUUCAGAGCUGGAUGUAAAUAAACAUUGUGUUCAUUAGGAUUUGUAUUUUUUUUCACUAGUGCUAUCUGAAAAAAGGAAACCAUAAACUUUUCUUGUUGUUUUAUAGAUUCUCCCAGCUGCGAGACUUCUCCCUGUGUCACUGGAAAAAUAACGUUAACUUUGCACUAGAGGUCAGUUAUCAAAGCUGAAUAAACGUCUCAAAUUUGAGGACAUGAUCGAUUCUUGUCCUAAAUCACAAAAUGUGGUAAAUUUAUUCCUCAUAUAUGUAAAAGCUUGCAGGUAGAUUUCUGUACCAUCGACAUAUUUUCACGUUUGAUGUGAUCCAAUUUAGGUUGUGUCGACGCACGCCCCCCACCUUCACGCCCUCACACUGUCCUACUGCUCAGGCCUUACAGGGGUGGGCUUCCACUGCCUCGGUCAGCACAGCCGGUCUCUGCGGAGCAUAAAUCUCCAGCAUUCAGAGGUAAAUCUAAACAGCUGGAUAUUUGUGUCGAAUAUUCAUCCUUCAGUUUACGGUUAAAGACAUACAGACAUUAAAAUCACAAAUGUUUUUUUCCCGACUGUAGUUUCAUGUUGAUGGACUCGUGGAUUACCUCGAAAACCAUGGGCGCCAGAUCAAGCAGAUUUUGUUCACUCAUGGGCUGAAACAUGACAGAAUUCUGGCAGCCAUCACCGUGAGCGCCCAUCUCUUCUUUUUUUCUGAUCGGUUUUAUUGAUACUGUGUACUUUAGUAAAUGCAGCAGGUCACAGUUUAACGUGGGGGACAUGAUGGACUGUGUCUGUGUUUUCAGAGGGGGGUCUGUCCUGAUUUGGAGAUGUUGGAGGUCAACACACACCUCAACAGCAGGGACGGUGAACUUCCCAUCUACACCCGAGCUCUACAGGUGGCAUGUCCAAAACUGAAGGUAAAAACAUUCACAUUGAUUCAGUGACUUUUGACCGUGUCACUUCAAGCUUCUUUGCAAACAUUAGAUGAAUAUCAUUUGAUUCUGGUUUAUAUUUAGAGCAUUGCCAAAGAAACUAAGCGGUCAUUAUAAACUCUUACUCUUGGUUUUGCACUUUCAUCUGAUCUCAAACACAGAAAAAGAAGUAACAGACGUCCUGAGUAAAAUAUCACGUUUUAGCCGUGAUUAUGUCUCCUGGGGGUGAUUUUGCAUUUAUGUAUUGUAUUGUAUGUAAGUAAGUGUAUAUAAGUGUUUGCCCAUCAAAUUCAAUUCAAUCUGUCUUUUUCUACAUCUAUACUCAUCAUCAGACCUUCCGGAUGCUGAAUGUCAGACCUCUGCACAGGCCAUCACGUACAGGUGCUGAUUCAGAACGGGGCUUUCCAUUGUUAGAGGAGCUUUGUAUCGCUACCACGUCUUUUUCCUACAUGACCGACAAAGAUUUGUGGGAGAUUCUCUUCAGCUCCACCAGGCUGCGUGUGCUGGACCUGCGAGGAUGUACACGAGUAACACCAUCAGGUCUGGCAGCACUGCCAUGUGCAGGUAGGAUGUUUUACAAUAUACAGUACAGGCCAGAAGUUUGGACACACAAGGACUGGUUCUUGCCAUAAUGUGAAUUUUAACAGUUGUCCAAUAGGGCUGUUGGUUGUGUAUUAAUCUGACCUCUGCACGACACAACUGAUGGUCCCAAUCUCAUUGAUAAAGCAAGAAAUUCCACUAAUUAACCCUGAUAAGGCAGACCUGUGAAGUAAAAACCAUUUCAGGUGACCACCUCCUGAAGCUCAUGGAGAGAGUGUUUAAAGCAGUCAUCAGAGCAAAGGGUGAACAUUUUAAGAAACUAGAAUAUGAAACAUGUUUUCAGUGAUUUCACCUUUUUCUUUGUUAAGUACAUAACUCCACAUGUGUUCAUUCUUAGUUUUGAUGCCCUCAGUGAGAAUCUACAAUGUAAAAGUCAUGAAGAUAAAGAAAAGGCAUUGAAUGAGAAGGUGUAUCCAAACUUUUGGCCUGUACUGUAUGUACUUUAUCUUAGUUUACUUUUGUAAAAAUAGGGUCAUAUAUUUUUGGACUUAUACCUGGAUAUUUGUUUGCAUUUGUAAUCAGCCAGGAUCUUCUUGGUACUCGACAAAGGGGAAGCACAUGUUUUUGUGACAUGAUUAAACAAAGUUCUCGUCUGUUUUUCAGAGCUUGAGUGUCUGUACUGGGGGCAGUAUUUCAACAGCAGUGUUAUGUUGUCGUCGACUAAAAAGGGCCUUCACAUGCUGACGGAGAAAUGGAGUCGAACACUUCAACAGCUUGACAUUGCAAAUCAGCUCUUCACUGAAGAGGAGUUGGAGAUAGCGAUGAGCUACCUAGCUCAGGCGACAGAUACAGAUACGUUGCGCUCACUCAAUCUAAGUGGGACCAGAAUCACACCACCUGCACUCAGGUACUUAAUGCAUGAACUUUUUAAAUAAAUGAGGCAUCAUGACGUACCUGCUUUUAUUUUUUUUUUAACUUAGAUUUUAUUAUUUCUUUCUUUCUUUUUUUUUUUUUACAGUACAAAAUAUACAUUUCAAAACAAUUAUGUUUCCUUUCCUCUUCCUCAGCUGUAAGUGUAUUUUGACAAACAUCCAUAGGCAAUAGGAGGUGGAAAUAAAAAACAAAAACAAUCGUUAUAUCAAAUAAAUAGGUAAUGUCCACUCUAGAGUAUAGAAUCACUGGUACAAAUGUCAAUCAGAGGCAGGAUGACGGCAUUUUGAUGUACAACAGAAGGGUUUUACAUCAGAAAUAUUGUCAUUGCAGCAAUAAAGGUAGUACAGGUUCCCAUCUUUUAGUGAAGGUGGCUUUCUGGAGCCGUAGGGCAUGUGAUCUGCUCCAUUUGAUAAAUAUCCUGCACGAUUUGAAUCCAUAUGUACCUGCUUUUUGAAGCCUGAGUAACAUAGGUUUGUCCUUCCGAAGAUUACACUCAAUAAAACUUGUAUUUUCAUUUCUCAUUUCAGGUCCAUUAUUGGCCAAAUGACUUCUCUUAGCUACCUCAACCUGUCAUCCUGCCGAUAUCUUCCAAGAGGACUGAAGAGAAUUUACCGCGGCCAAGAAGACAUUCGCCAACUGCUGGACAAACUGGACUAGUUUCAUAUUUGGUCUCAAAGGGUAGACUGAAUGCAAAGUGUUUAUAGGAUUAUAUUGUUUAGGUUUUAUGUGAGCAUGUAACCCUGUUUUUCUUUUUUGUAAAGAUUGUUUUGUAUGAAUACAUUCACGAGCUGUCAGAGGAACUCUGUGUUGCAAGAAACCACAGAUCUGGAAUCCUGAGAGAGAACUUGUUGGUGCUCUGUUUCUAUCAGAUAGUAACACAAUAAACAAUACUUUUAGGGAAA